CGAUCUUCUAUCACUAUCCGCGUCAACCACAUCCCACCAAUAAUACCUCGCCCCUCUUUCGCUAUAUAACAACUCCUCGCCUCUUACAACUCUCCACCGCCAACACCAAAUUCUUUCGUCACACAAUCUCCAAUCCCAACCGAAAUUUCUCUUUCGAAAAUGGCACCGAAGGCAGAGAAGAAGCCCGCGGAGAAGAAGCCUGCCGCCGAGAAGACCCCCGCAGCGGAGAAGGCUCCGGCGGAGAAGAAGCCGAAGGCCGGGAAGAAGCUGCCGAAGGACGGCGCCGCCGCCGCCGGGGACAAGAAGAAGAAGCGGAACAAGAAGAACGUGGAGACCUACAAGAUUUACAUCUUCAAGGUGCUGAAGCAGGUGCACCCCGACAUCGGCAUCUCCAGCAAGGCUAUGGGGAUCAUGAACAGCUUCAUCAACGACAUCUUCGAGAAGCUUGCGCAGGAGUCGUCGCGGCUGGCGCGCUACAACAAGAAGCCGACGAUCACCUCCCGGGAGAUCCAGACCGCUGUGAGGCUGGUGUUGCCCGGCGAGCUGGCGAAGCACGCCGUUUCUGAAGGGACCAAGGCUGUUACCAAAUUCACCAGCGCUUGAGGAAUGAUUGAUGAUUGUGGUAUUUUUAGGGUUACAUUUAGAUCUGUGUAAAUUAGGUUUCUUUUGACGGGAGGAAGAAGUAUGGCGUUAUGUUGUUUAUGAAUGGAUCUUAAAUUGAAGUUACCUUUGUUAUAGUA